AUGCUUCGCGCGGCCGCGCAGGGUGCGAUUAGUGCUGUUGGGCCAAGAUCUUUUCGAAAUGCAGGGGUUAUAGCAGCAGCUAGGGCCUGGGCGCGGGAUUUUGGUGCCAAAGCACGAGCGGGUUCCGUGGGAGGAUCGGGGCAUCAUCAUCAUGUCGUCGGCAGGCAGCAGCAGCAGCACCAGCAGCACCAGCAGCAGCGAUGGGUGACCAACAGCGGUAGGAGCCAUGGCUGGGCGCGUGCGACGGGAACACCCGCGCGGGAAGGCGACGAAGAUGUCUUGGCCACACGACCGGGUCUAGAGCGUCACGGUACCCCGGCGGCGAUGCUUGCGACUCGACUGAGGGGAAUGUUCCCCGGCAACGGCAACGGACCUUGGUGGCUAGCGGUGCACCUGCUGGAGAAAGGCCGGCAGAACGGCAUCAAGGAUGUUAAAGUCUACAACAUCAUGAUAGCCACGGACGAGCAUAUGACGGAGGACAAGCUGAAGGAGAUGAAGCGGCUCUUCGAGCAGAUGACGGAGGACGACGGGCUCGAGCCCGAAGCGCUAACCUACAGUCACCUCAUCCACGGAUACAGCCAGGUUAGAAAAGAAGGAGAGGCGGUGCGACUGCUGGAGGAGAUGGCCGUCAAGGGCCUACAGCCCGAACGAAAGACCCUUUCCAGCAUGAUAGUCGCGCACUCCUGGGGCUCCAUAGAAGACAUGCGGAGAGUGUCGAAGGAGAUGCAGGAGAAGGGGUGGACGCCCACGCGACGGGCGAAUUCGGCCAUGAUCGGGGCCCUCUGGCGAGCUGAGGAUUGGGAGGGGAUUUUAGAUACGACAAGAGCAAUGCUGGAGGCCGGGCAGACGAUGACGGAGGCCGGCCUGGUGGUGGCCAUCAAGGCCGCCACUAACGUGGGCAACGCCGGCUUCGCCAGGGAGCUCUUGCUGAUCCACGGCAAGAACAAGCACCGCCCGCAAGAGCAGCUCUACGUCUUGGUCAUGGUGGCCUUAAGAAACGCCUCCCAGCACGAAGAAUGCCUGGCCUGUUGGAGAGAGCUGGUGCUGCUCGAUGGCCUCGGGGACGUUAAGCUCGACGGCAGGACGUACAACCUUGCCCUGAUGUCUGCGGUGAAGACAGAGCGUUGGGACGAGAUGGAGACUAUUCUCGACAUGAUGCAGGUACAAGCGGUAGAGCCGACGGUAGCCACGUGGCGGAGCAUAGUAGACGUGUGGAACGCGGAGGAGACGGGCGACGAGGGGCGUCUCGAUCAGAUCUUCGGGGAAAUGGUCAGGAGAGAGUGGCGGCCGGACAGAGCCGUGCGGCUGCACGUGGCCAUGGCUUACGCGAGGUGCAGGGCGUGGGUCAAGGCGAUGGCUUGGUUCGACCCCGCGCUGACAGAGGACAGUAAGCUUGGUCCAAGCGAGACAGAGCUCCUGGUAAUGUCGCUGGCGGGGUUGGAGAGGUACGGGGAGGUGAAGGAGGUUUGGACGCGCAACACAAACUCCAAGGCAAGACGCGAGCGUAUUUCGGCCGGCGGUGUUGCUGAAGAUGGCCGAGGCCGCGCGGGAGCUGGACGACCCGGACUGGGCUUUGGAGUUGCACUCUGUGGCGUCGUCGGGGACGGGGGUCGUCCCCCCGCGCUUGUGGCAGGACGUGGUGAGGGUGCUGACGAAAGCCGGGAGGCUGGAAGAAGCUGCGGUUGUGUUGCAGCAAGCGAGACCGCGAGAUUGCGCGCCCUUGGAAACACCGAUAACUCGGGAGGUCAUCUUGAGCGCGUUUGGCGACCUCGCGCAUCCCGCUGGGGUGUCGGCGUUUGUCGAACAGCUUCGCGCGGCGCACACCUCCCAAGCUUGGGACUGGAGAAGGCUUCUCCGGCGGGGGCGGAGGAAGGGGCGCCGCCGUUUGCGGCGGAGGGGGGGGGAUCAUGACCCUGGAAAUCACGGCGAGCGUCAUCUGGCCUUUUCGGCGAGCCACCGCUGCUGUGCUUAGAUGCCAGCAGUGUGUUCCUGCCCUUGAAGCAAGCCAUUGGAAGGCGCGCCUAGACCCCACAUUUGUCUUCUUCUAUGAUUUUGCCCCUUUGAGGGGUGGGUGGCGGUUGGCUAGACGUCGCUUGUGUGGUCAAGAGCGUGCAGCGAGAAUUUCUAGCGAGACGUAAGGGGUUCUUGUCUGUUGCUUCAUUUCCCGCUGUUUGUCGCAGUUACGGCGGCCGUUCGUUGGGGCGGUGGAAGGGCAUGUCUUCACCUUGUGAUCUACAAGUACGUUUGUACAACCGUUAAGUUUAAGAGCGAUGUCGUCGCAGAAAGGGCGUCGCAGCAAGGGCGUCGCAGCAAGGGCGUGGCGUUCUUCGCAAGGGGGGGGGUUAGGCAUGAAAAAUCCCUUUUUGUCAACGCGUUCUUAGCUCUCCCAGUAGAUGUCAAAGUCAGUGAAGAGACGCCCACCAAAGAGGGCAGACGCAGGGGGAUGUUGUCAAAUCCUGUGUGCGCCCCGAGUUUUUGUAAAUGCAGACCUUUGUUUGCCGGCCGUGCAGGCCAGCUUUGUGUCGUGUUCGUGCUCGUCCCGCGAAGGGCUUACACCUGCGUGAAACGUUUACAUGUGCUGUUUUGAAAUUUGCUGUGCCGACAGUUUCGCAUCUAGACUGUGUACGCAAGAUGCCUUUGCAACGGUGUACCUUGUCUCUUUGAUUUGCUGGGCAAACUGUUGGCCCGGUUUUGUCUCAAGCAGUGAGCGACCAUGGUAAUUU